AUGCUCAAAUUUCCCUUCAUUAUUUUCAUUGUGCUUCAAGGUUUGAUGAUUGAUGCUCAUCAGCAAUUAGGAAAUGAUUUAGCGAGCGCGAGCCAUGUGAGAUUGAUCGACGACGAGCCGAAAUCGUUGCGCCAUUGGAACGAGGCGCCAAUCGGCAAGCCCGUCGAUGCCAACAGCGAGGCGAACGCGGUGAUCGUCACCGGCCGAUUGUUUUGUCGCGGCCAACCCGCCAAAUACAUGCGCCCGUAUUUGGCGUCAAAGAAGUGGCCCGACGCGAUGCUCGCCAUCGCGUUGACACAAGAGGACGGAAGUUUCCGGCUCAACACCGGCUCAUUCAACGAGUUCGAGACAACACCAAUCGAUUUCGAAAUUCGCCACCAAUGCGAAACCGCCCACGUGAAGCUCAUGACAAAAUGCCAUAUCCCAUACUUGCUUACAUCAUUCCCAAUUAAUCUUAUUAAUAAGACCCAUUAUGAGGUUGAUGUUGAGCUUCACGCUACAUCAAAAUACACAUAUAGCGCGGCUAAUUCGUCGUUGAUGCGUUUGUUGGCGUUCAUUCGAAUCGAGGAGCGUGAGACGAGCAUUUGCGGCAUCCGCAUUCCGAACAAACCGUUGGCGGUGCUUUUGGCGCUAUUCCAAUUGUCGAUAUGCAUCGCCUCAUUUCUUCAGCACAUCUACUCGCUGCACAAACACAAUCGCAUUUUUUUGUGCAACUCGAAUAUCACGAUGCGGACGGCGAACUUCUCGACGCAUUUCCUCGCGCAUGACAUUAUCAUUUUCGAUUUCGGCCUAAUGCAUCGGGUGCUCGGCACCAACGAGUGCGUCGCCAAUUAUCUCGACGGCGGCUAUAUGAGAUUCGCGUGGACCAUCGAACAAUCGACGGCUCUUACCAUAUCGCUCGUGUCGCUUUUGUGCGUCGCCAAACCGCUGUGGCUUCUGUGGCCCGGCCUUCUCAUGCAAUCCUCAUAUACGCUCGGCCUUUCGGUGCUCACGAUGGCCACGGCGCCGAAAAUUCUGGAAGCGCUCGGUGGCGUCAUUGAUUUGGAGCUGGCACUUAUAUUCUUCGUUUAUUGCUUCGGAUUUGUCACCAACUGGAUUUUCACAUUCGUACUCUGGCAUUAUUAUUGGCAUCGCGAGCGCAAAUUUCAAGCCGAACUGGGAAUCUACCCGCCGCCAACUUUCAUCUAA